AUGUUGAAACAAUUUCUCCAAGGUCAAGCUGAUGAUGUUGUGGAAACAAGCAAGAAAUUGGCUGAUAUCAACUCCAAGAUAGAGUCCUUGAACACUAGAGUCUACAGUUUGAAAAAUCAUGCUUCUUCUUUUGCUGCUGCAAAGCAAGUACAACUACCUGGUAAAGCUGUUCAGAAUCCUAAAGAACAUUGCAAAGUGAUCUUCAGUCCACAAGAAGGACUUAAUGAACAAGAUGAUGAUGAGAGAACCAUUGAGGAGUUUUGUAUGCUGCUUAAUGAGGAAUACAAUGUUGUUGCUGAUGCUCAUGGAGCCCAGAAUGAUCAACUUGAGGUGCAAGCUACUCAACUAGCUAUUCACACUUCACCACAACCUGUUGAUCCAGAUCCUAGUCGCCUACUCAGUCAAGGUCAGAAGGAAGUGAUUCACAAGUUCAGAAGGGAUCUCAGUGAGAUAGGAGUUGAACUUCCUAGUAUGGGAAGUAUGAAUGAAGCCUUUGAACAAAUGAAGCUUAUUCAAGCUGUGCUGGACAACAAGUACAAAGUGUCUAAGCUUCUGGAGGAUUCUACUUCUCAGAACAACCUCCUGACCUCACCCACCUUGUUACCAAAGCUGAAGGAUCAAGGGAAGUUUACACUCCCUUGUAAACUUGGACAUUUGGAGCUUGAUAAUGCCUUGGUCGAUUCUGGUGCUAGUAUCAACCUCAUCUCACUCACAAUGGCACAGAAGCUUGGUAUUCAUGGAGCAUUGCAGCGCCCUACUACAUCAAUCAUGUUUGGAGAUGCCACUUCUAAGUCUCCUCUUGGUGUAUUCAAGAACUAUCCUUUGAAAGUGGGAGAAUGCAUAGUACAAGCUGAGCUCACUGUCUUAGAAAUGGAAGAAGAGAAGGAUGUGCCUCUGAUCUUGGGAACUCCCUUCCUUAGUAUAGUUGACGCUUCAAUCAAUUUUCACAAGCAAUAA